AUGCCCAGUGAUGAAUCUCUCCUCCGAUCGAUCAGCACGACAGAAACGGAAGGCUCGUCGGUGACAGGACGUUCGAUAAAGAAAAGUAGCCAUCCUAAGAACGAUCUUGAUCAGAGUGUCUGGAAGAUCGCCUCGAUUUUCCUUUUCUGCGCACUUGGCUGGGCUCUGUCAAUCAUCGUGUUGGUGCUGUUGCAUAAAGACCCUUGCCCAAAUACACCUAUAAGUCCAAAAAAUGAAGAAGAUGUUACGAAUGAGCCAAAGAUUUUUGUGAUAACUCCAACGUACGCAAGGCCUGAACGAAUGGCAGAUCUAACAAUGUAAGUCAGGGUACUUUUUCUCUGAGGACUUCUACAUAUUAUAAAAUGGACACAGGCUUUCUAAGGCCUAUAAAGCGUGAGCUACAAUGUCCAUUUUUCAAACACCAGCCAAAAAAUAUUACACAAUUUUCACGUUAAGGUUAGCCCAAGUCCUAAUGCACGUAAAAAACCUCCAUUGGCUUGUGGUUGAGGAUGGUGGGCGAAUUGCUGAGCCCGUCGCGAGACUUCUUCAACGUUCCAACAUCGAGCACACCUAUUUCUCAGCUGUUACUCCCGAUUACUUACCAAGUAACCUAUCAUUUUGAUUUCUUUGGACUUCUCAGCGUUUCAGUUUAUCAAUUCCCUUUCAGAGCGAGGCUGGGCCCAACGAAACGCCGCCUUAUUCCAUCUACGAGACCAGUAUAUAAACUACAAGGAUCAGGCGUUAGUCUACUUCGCCGAUGAUGACAAUUCCUACGAUCACCGGGUAUUUCACGAGUACAUUCGGAAGGUCAAGAGGCUUGGAGUUUGGGCGGUCGGUAAGUACAGAAACUCCUUCAAAAGCGCUUUAUAACUCAUGCUAACAACCUCAUUUUUGUUCUACUUCCAGGUCUUGCCGGAACAUCCCGUGUUGAAGCUCCCAGAGUCGAAAAUAACACAGUCGUUGGCUGGGACGUCUAUUAUCGACCGCACCGCAAAUACGCAGUGGAUAUGGCUGGAUUUGCUGUCUCUCUUCGGCUGGUUCUGCGAAGUUUGUAAGCCCAAACAUACGAGCAUAAGAUUUAACAACGGGUUUUAUGCAAAUCAAAACUUUUUCAGAGCCCUGUUCGGCAAAGAAUGUGUUGGCCACGACCCUGAAGACUGCUUCCUUCGGCAACUCUCUGUACCAAUGAAUGAGUUGGAGCCGUUUGGCUGCGAUAACGAUCCCAAAGACAUUUUGGUCUGGCAUACAAAAACAGUCGUUAGCAAAAUGCGAGGAGAGACUUAUGGAUAUGUGUUUGAGGAGAAGAACGUGUGA